AUGUCAGAUCACGAAGAUGUUUUGGAGAGCGAGCCUCCGACCAUCGAUCCCUACGAGGUCCUGAGCCUUGAGAGAACAGCGACAGGCGAUCAGAUCAAGCAAGCAUACCGAAAGGCUGCCCUCAAGAAUCACCCAGACAAGGUACCUCAAGACCAAAAAGAGUCUGCGCAUGAGAAGUUCCAAGCCAUCGCUUUCGCAUACGCCAUUCUUUCAGACCCCGCCCGGCGCAAACGAUACGACGAGACUGGUUCAACCUCCGAGUCGAUCGUAGACUCUGAGGGUUUCAACUGGAGCGACUACUACCGAGAGCAAUUCAAGGAAUCUGUGUCUGGCGAUGCCAUCGAGAAGUUUGCCAAGAAAUACAAGGGAUCUGACGAGGAGAAUGGAGAUGUUCUAGAUGCCUAUGAAGACUGCGAGGGUGACAUGGAUGCGCUGUACGAGAGAGUUAUUCUCAGCGACGUACUAGAGGACGACGACCGUUUCCGCGAUAUCAUCAAUAGGGCCAUCAAGAGCAAGAAGGUGCCCAGCUUCCCAGCUUACACCAAAGAGACAAAGAAGAAGCGAGAAGGGCGAUUGAAGAAGGCCCGAGAGGAAGCCACAGAAGCUGAAGACUAUGCUAAGGAACUUGGUGUACACGAUAAGCUAUUUGGCGAUAAGAAGGGCAAGAAGAAGGGCAAGGGCAAGGGAAGUUCAGAGGAUGAUCUGGCGGCGCUGAUCCAAAAGAGACAACAGGACAGGUCCGAGAGUUUCUUGGAUCACUUGACCGAAAAGUAUGGGGCUAAGGAAAGUAAGGGAAAGAAGGGCAAAAAGCGACCGGUUGAGGAUGAGCCAUCUGAGGAGGCUUUCCAGGCAGCUGCCUCUCGUCUGAAGAGUUCGAAGAGGUCAAAACGCUAA